AUGAUUUGUUAUCUUAUCACUUACGAACUUGAAGAAGUGUCUUUGACGGCGUUACUUGGUUUACUGAAGAAAUCCUAUGUGGACUCUCGUGCUGUUAUCCGAAGAGAUCCACAUGUUGCAUUAUUGGCACAAAUCCUCAACGAUACUCCAAUAUAUAGAGCGAUUUGUUCGGUACUUCUCGAAGAUGUGAAUGUUCAAGAUCAAACGACUAGAACCUCAAGGAGAACGUCCGCUCCAGCAUUGCCUGCUAUUGAACUGUUAUCAAUUGCGGUCUCUCGCUACGCUGCCUUAAAAGCUUCGAUUCGUAGCACUGAUUCCGACAUAAUGCUCGCUCCGCUACAUACUUUACUAUUAUCGCCACUGCAGCCGUCUGGUUUAAAUGUUCUGGAUAUUUUGCUGCUUUAUUUGGAAGAGGGUGACGAUCUGCCAGGACACGCGUUAUAUGCAGCUCGUAUUCUGAGGGAAUUAUGUGCGGUGAGGCCAUCACUACAGACCCGUAUGGUUGAGUUGUUGAGAGCCCGGCGAAUGGUAACACGUAAUGCUCGUGCUAUUCGUGGUAUUUUGAAUCCGGGCACGAUACGGUACACUGUUUCGGAUUUGGUAGCCAUAGAGUAUGACGAAACUGAUCCGAUUCGCAUGAGAGGCGAAGCGGCGCUUGUUGUACUUGAGACAUUAUCAGACUCAAUUGAGACUGAUCCAGCUGGAAAUAAUCUGUGCUUCUUACUGUUCGGCUUCAAGCCGACCGUCGACAUAUCUGGCCAAUUAUAUGAUAUCGACGCACCUCCAACUGGUUUUCAUCAAGUUCUUUCGAUCCUGGAACAAUUCAUUGCCGCUCCGGAUCCCUUCCAGUUACGAUUUUCUGCACUAAUUGAGCCAGCUUUUCGUCUACUGCAACGAUUGGUCUCAGUAGAUUGCAUCUUUUCGUCGUCAGUGCUUCGCUUUGUUCGAUCUAUGAAUUUGAUCCAGCAACUUGUUACGUCGCCAUUUUUAUCAACACCAUUAUCACAGAAUCAUUCCGACGGUCCCACGCUUCUUUCCGUAACACGUAUGAUCUCUGGAUCAAUCUUGCAUCUAGCGGCUUUAGAAGUGUCGUCUCUGUUAAAGUCCGGGCACUUCAACCAACCACAUGAGAUUUAUAGCACAUUGUUGGAACCAUCAGAGGCUGUCAUAAGUCAUGAAGAAACUACAGAAGGAGGCGUGAAUAAUUUGCUAUUCAGUCUACUUCGACAUGGUCAUAUUGAUCUCACUGAAGAAAUUGAUUAUCCGCGUUUGGUUCACUUCAACGCUCAGAAACUCCAUGCGUUAUUUGACACUUGCAAAACAACUACAGUAUUCAAUAUUGCUCAGUACGACAUACUGUAUUUACAUGCAUUGUUAACCCGAGAAAUUGUCAGCACUCAAGCUGAGGACCCAACGGCUGCCACUAGAGAGAUGGAAGCGGUUUUAACCUAUGGAACUGAUAUCAAUGCGCAACUUCUUCAAAGAGGCGCAUCCGAACAACUUGUAUCUGGUUGUACAGCACUACUAAAUGUGAUGGCAUUGUUUGCACCAGUGCCGUUCUUUUCAAUAGCUGUCCAACAUGAUGUGCUCACCGAUGCUGCAUUUUUAUUGGUCGAAUAUGUCAGUGGAUGUGGCGCCGAAGAACAGGUGGCCGUUUGCGCAACACUACUCCGAUUGUGCAAAACUAUAUGCGCUCUCGCUAAGCAAGAGUAUCCAGAGAAUCAUCUUUGUAACUAUAUUUAUUGA